UGGACACCCAUCAGGGGGCAUUUCACAGUGAAACCUCCUGAAAGAUGGCCUUCAGAAGGGAACAGAGUAGACACCAGAAGGAACUCAGGAGAAAGGAGAUGGACGUGAAGAUGUACAGCCUACAAGAAAGAAAGGACUGUGUGUACCAAGAGGUCACCGAGCCCCAGGAUGAUGACUACCUUUAUUGUGAGAAGUGUCAGAACUUCUUCAUCGACAGCUGCGCUGUGCAUGGACUCCCUGCAUUUGUAAAGGACAGUGCAGUGGACAAGGGGCAUCCCCACCACUCAGCCCUCACCCUGCCCCCUGGGUUGAGAAUCGGGCCAUCCUGCAUCCCUGAGGCUGGGCUUGGAGUGUGGAAUGAGGCAGCUGAUUUGCCAGUGGGUCUGCACUUUGGCCCUUAUGAAGGACACAUCACAGAAGAUGAAGAGGCAGCCAAGAGCAGAUACUCCUGGCUGAUCGCCAAAGGGAGAAACUGCUAUGAGUAUGUGGAUGGAAAGGACAGAUCCUGGGCCAACUGGAUGAGGUUUGUGAACUGUGCCCGGGAUGAUGAAGAGCAGAACCUGGUGGCCUUUCAGUACCACAGGCAGAUCUUCUACCGAACCUGCCGGGUCGUCAGACCGGGCCAUGAGCUGCUGGUCUGGUGCGGGGACGAGUAUGGCCAGGAGCUGGGCAGAAAGUGGGGCAGCAAGUGGAAGAGAGAGCUCAUGGCCGGAAGAGGUGGGCACCACUGUUCUUCAAAACAGAAAGAAAAGAGAGAAUUCUCCAUAGAAACAUUUAUGAUCCAACUCUUAAGUACAGUAAAAUCUACUCUAAAGUCAGUAAAGUUUCAAAUGACAUGCUUCAGAAAUUCACAAUUCAUAUGCCUUUGACUCUUAGGCAAAAUUUUUAUACUUU